AUGAAGAGGUUACAGCUAAAAUUAGAUCCUCUCACCCGUCAGCGAGCAAUUGUCUGCCGCGGAACGUCCUGCUAUCUCACAAAGGCUCCGGGUGCUGAAGACUGGAACCAUGUCACCAAGUUCUCCUGGACAUCCGACAGACAGAAGCCCGAAGCUGAACUCCUCAAGCUGGCCAACCAAAGAGGAGUUGAAGGCAUCGCCAGAUUGGUCGGUCAUCGGUCCAUCACGAGCAUCAAGGAGAUGCGCGCGGGUUUGAUGUUUGAGAAGCCCUACUCUUUUCGUGGUUCUUCAAGCGCAGGAUCAUUUUUUUUGCAGUCCUUCUCUCAGUCUAAACCCUCUAGCGUCCUCUCUCGAUCGUUCAGUGAGGUUGCAUACGACGUGGAGGAGUCUCCUCUGGAGCUUUUGGAAGCUCUCCGUGAUGCGAUCAAGGCACACAGGUCACUGUACUCCAAAGGAAAAAUCCUUCACCGGGAUAUAUCUGAGAAUAACAUCAUCAUAACAGAAGCGACACAAUACGGCCACGCGGGAAUGCUGAUCGACAUGGAUCUCGCGAAGGAGCUCGGCACUGGGCGAAGCGGUGCUUGCUGUCGCACUGGCACCAUGGAGUUCAUGACUAUUGAUGUGCUGCUUAACACAGACCAUACCUAUCAGCAUGAUCUUGAGUCAUUCUUCUAUGUGCUUAUCUGGCAGUGUGCCCGCCGCGGCUGGGAGUUUGUUGGCAAUUGGAAGUGCCGACCUUCACCAAGUCUCCUUACCAAGUGGUACACUGGAAGUUACGAGGAUAUUGCUAUUGCAAAGGAGUUGCGUGGGAUCCUGUUUCCCAUACAUGGUAACGCAAUUUUCACUGGAACUCCCAAGGACUCGGAGAUUCUCUAUGAGCUAAUCACCAAGGCGUUCGAUCAUGCAAUUGAUGUUAUCCGAAAGGUGGGAAGAUAA